AAAAAAAUAUUAAAUUCAUGGCAACGUAUAAAGUUGAUAUUUCAACAUGUUAUAAUUUCUCUCUCUUCGAACAUGAGUGUAACAAGACGAACCCCAAAGCCUGCAAAAACACACAGAAUCUUUUCUUUGGUUUUGUGGACCGGUCUACAAUCUCACGUGCAAAACCAAACAUACACGAUCUCUCUCUCUCUAUAUCUCUACUUUUUCUGAACUCAGUUGGUUUCGAUUUUCUUCGGACCUUCUAUUGUUAAAUCAGCUUUAUAACCUCACAAGCUUCUCCUCUAUUCCAUAGAUCAAACCACAACUUUGUUUGACCUUUUUUUGAGUACUUCUCUUGUCUUUUCUUCUUCAAGUUUACUUAGUUCUUUGAGAACAAAUUUCUGUUGAUUUUUUUUCUUUCUUGUAGAGGGAUAAUUACAAGUUUAAUUUCCCUAGAGUGUCUUUACCUUUUGCCUUGUCUCCCUCUCGAGACAAAAAGAGAAAGAGAAACACUUUCUGUCCUCUUUUUUUUUCCUCUCUUUUUCUCUCUCGCUGGAAACCUUUUCAUAUUCAAGUGUAAUUUUAAUAUUUCAAGCAAUUUUCUAGCUAAUUAUGGCCUUGGAGGCUGUAGUUUACCCGCAAGAUCCGUUCUCCUACAUCUCUUGCAAAGAUUUUCCGUUUUACGACUUAUACUUUCAAGAAGAAGAAGAUCAAGAUCCACAAGAUACUAAGAACAACAUUAAGCUAGGGCAAGGACAAGGACAUGGUUUUGCGAGUAAUAAUUACAACGGUAGAACCGGAGAUUAUAGUGAUGAUUAUAAUUACAACGAAGAGGAUCUCCAAUGGCCACGAGACCUUCCUUAUGGAUCUGCCGUCGACACCGAGAGCCAGCCUCCACCGUCGGAUGUGGCGGCGGGAGGAGGGAGGAGGAAAAGGAGGAGGACGAGGAGUAGCAAGAACAAAGAAGAGAUCGAGAACCAGAGGAUGACUCACAUCGCCGUUGAAAGAAAUCGCCGGAAACAGAUGAACGAGUACCUCGCCGUUCUCCGGUCUCUCAUGCCACCUUAUUAUGCUCAAAGGGGAGAUCAAGCAUCGAUAGUAGGCGGAGCCAUUAACUACUUAAAGGAGCUUGAGCAUCAUUUACAAUCAAUGGAACCUCCGGUUAAGACCGCCACAGAAGACACCGGAGCCGGCCACGACCAGACCAAAACAACCUCGGCUAGUUCGUCGGGACCAUUCUCGGAUUUCUUUGCAUUUCCUCAGUACUCGAACCGGCCUACCUCUGCGGCGGCGGCUGAGGGGAUGGCGGAGAUAGAGGUAACGAUGGUAGAGAGCCAUGCGAGUCUGAAAAUACUUGCGAAAAAGAGACCGAGACAGCUUCUUAAACUGGUCUCAUCGAUACAGAGCCUAAGGCUCACUCUUCUCCAUCUAAACGUCACAACUCGAGACGACUCCGUCCUCUAUUCCAUCAGCGUCAAGGUACAUUUUUUUCUCUCUUUUUCACCAUUUUUUGUUUUUUUUUUCCUAACCAGAUUAGAGUGAUCAUGUUAUAUAAUACCGUUGUUUAGGGUUAGUGGGUUGAAUUUGCAAAUUCAAAUUAAAUUGGUAUCUAAUAAUUAAUGGGUGACUAAUCAUUACUCCCAUUGUUGGUUUUGGUUCAAUGAUUAUUCAUUGAUUGUUUUUCCAAUCACAAAUGUUUUGUGCAUUUAAUGUGUCUCUUAUUAGUACAUGUUGUGAAUUAUUUGUCUGGGCCAAAAAAGGUUUUCCAAGAACAAAAAUAAAAAUCGUUCCUUUUUUCUCGUUCUUUUUUACUUGGUUAGGGCUGGCCUCAAUUAUUGGGGGGUCAAAAUCAUCAUUUCUUAUUUAUUAAAAAAGACAAAAUUUUGAGUACUAUCAUAAUAUUGAUUCUUGUAAGAAUCAGGGACCAAAAAGAUGACAUAUGCCUACACAUGUGUGAAUGUGUGUAUAUAUAUAUGUGUACUGGGCAUGUUUGGUGGUCACAACACUGUGGAUGCACUGUGCACGGCAGAACGAAAUGACGCCACUUGUUUCAGGACACAUUCAUAAGCUUCUUCCUCGAAAUAUAAACAUUUUCUUUAAUCAUCUUUUUACCUUUUCAAUGACUAUAUAUCAAUCUUUUUCAUGUAACUUAAAAGAAAAUAUUAAAAUAAUGGGUUUAUUCAGGUUGAAGAAGGGAGCCAAUUGAAUACAGUAGAAGAUAUUGCAGCAGCUGUGAAUCAAAUCCUAAGGAGGAUCGAAGAAGAGUCAUCCUUUAGCUAGUAUUGUUGAAUUUUAGUUAUGGCACAUUUAGAGGAGCUCUAAUUUUUCAUGUGUGAUCUUUUGCUCUCUCUUUUUCAUAUAUUAAAUAAUAUAAAUUUCCUUUUUCUUUUUGUUAACGUUAAUUCUAAUGCAUUAUAUAUUGGAGUUUUUGUGUGAUUGACC